CGGAGAGAGCGGCGGUCCGGGGGAAUUCCGGGGAUCCUUGGCUUGGGAAAUGGAGGGAUCUCCAGCCCCGCAAGUUGGUUCCAGGCAGCUGGCGGAGGGACGCUGGCACUGAAUCAAGAGGCGGAAGUGAACGGAAAUGGCACCAUAAAGGUACCAGCAGUGACCUAGAAAACCAGGGACAAGUCUGGGCAUGAGUUUCAUCAUCCAUUGAUGUUGUGAGGAACUCGGGUGCCAAGAGAGCCGUGAGACAGGGACUUGGCCGGAAUCAUGCUGCCUGCUCAGCUGGGACCAAACGCACGGCAGCGCUGGCAGAAAGUGUUGUAUAAAAGGCAGCCCUUUCCUGAUAACUAUGUGGACCAGAGUUUCCUAGAGAAGCUACGCAAGAACAUCCAUGCCCGCAAGUACCAGUACCGGGCGGUGGUGUUUGAGUCCGGAGUGGUCAUACAGCAGCUGUGCAGCGUCUGCGUCUUUGUUGUCAUCUGGCGGUACAUGGAUGUGGGGCUGCUGGCUCCCCAGUGGUUAUUUGGCGCUGGCUUGGUGACUUCCUUGAUAGGUUACGUCCUUUUUGACGCAUUGGACUCGGGAAUGGGGAGAAACCAGAGCGGCCAGACGCGUUGGGCAGAUCUGAAAAACACGGUGGUGUUUGUGGCCUUCACCUACGGCUUCUCCCCAGUGUUGAAAACACUGACUGAGUCCAUCAGCACAGACACCAUUUAUGCCAUGUCUUCUCUCAUGCUCCUAGGACACCUGAUCUUCUAUGACUACGGCGCCAAUGCUGCCAUUGUGUCCAGCACUCUGUCCCUUAACAUGGCCAUCUUUGCCUCGGUCUGCUUGGCCUCGCGGUUGCCUCGCUCCUUGCACGCCUUCGUCAUGGUGACAUUCGCUAUCCAGAUCUUUGCCCUAUGGCCCAUGCUGCAAAAGAAGCUCAAAGCCCGGACUCCCCGCUGCUAUGUUGUCGCCACUUUGCUCUUUGCUCUGUCUGCCUUGGUGGGCCUGCUGACCAUCUCCAGCGUUGGCAUGGUUCUCUUUGCCCUUCUUCUCGUCUCCAUCUCCUGCCUGUGUCCCUACUGCCUCAUUAAGCUGCAGCUCUUCAAAGACAACAUCCACGGGCCUUGGGAUGAAGCUGAAAUCAAGGAAGACCUCUCCAAGUUCCUCAUGUAAAGCAGGCGAGGCCCUAAGAAAGGCAGCUGCUGAUGCCAAAACAAAAAUAAAACUGCAUCUCCUCUGAGACACUGGGGCCUUGUGAAUAGGCGUGGGUCAAUCUGAACUUCAUUCUAUCAUUUAUUACUGCAGAUCAUGGCAGAAGUAUCAAAGGUUGACAUAGCCUAAAAGGACAAGAGUGACCCUGCUACCAGUCUGAUCCCAGCCUUGUGUCCUGAAAGGCAUUCAGGUCUAUUCUGACUUCCUCACACCCUGCAUAAAGGCCAGCACAUGCUGAUUUCGUUACCAGGUACAGUCUGUUCAUCCCCUGAAUGGAGACCAUCAAAAUAAUGUCAGGGUAAUUUGAAGGCAGAGACAAAAGGGAACCAGCUCAGUCACAGCCAGCUAGAAGGAGAGUCUUCCAAGCUCUUAAUUUGCAAGAUGGUGAGGUGAUAAAUGGGCAUGAACUCUGGGGGAAAUACCUUGGGAACUCUGGGAGUUGCUCACCUCAAAGCCUCCUCCCUUCUCCAUGAAGGAAAAGGGUAGAAAGGAACCCUAAAAUGUGUAGCCAGUGGCUCUCCUAGCUCCCACAAGGACCUUCAUUCAGUACCCAAGGAGCCAACAUGCACGUGCUUAAGGACAGGUAUACUCUUCCUCCCCAACUCUCCAUUUCAUCUCUCUUUAGAUCAAGGUGUGUGUAUUGCAGGAUUUGCUGCCUGCUUACAUUGCAAUUUUGCUGUCUGAAGCAGCAUUUAUAUAUAAUGCAUGUCUCUUCCAUGUCAUAUAAUAAACCAACUUUCUCUA